AUGAAGCUGCUGCGGCUCCUGUGCCGCCACAAGACAGCGCUGGGCCUGGGUGGCCUGGCGCUCUUCGCUGUGGUCCUGCUCUACCUGGCCAAGUGCACCUCAGAGAGCCUCAGGCCCUUGCCAGGUCGGGGUCUGCCCCACAACCAGGCACCGCAGCCGCCCCGCGGUGGAGUGGGAGCCGGGCCGCCCUUACCGGCAGCCCCGCUACCCCCUGAGGAGACGGCUUUCCUGGCUGUCCUCAUCGCCAGCGGCCCCAAGUAUACGGAGCGCCGCAGUAUCAUCCGCAGCACCUGGCUCUCGAUGGCUGGCCGGCCCCCUCAGGACGACAUCUGGUGUCGUUUCGUGAUAGGCACAGGCAGCCUGGCUGGGGAGGAGCUUCACAGCUUAGAGUUGGAGCAGAGCCGUCACCGGGACCUGCUGUUGCUGCCUGAGCUUCGUGAUUCCUAUGAGAACCUGACUGCCAAGGUCCUGGCAAUGUAUGUCUGGCUUGAUCUGCACUUGGAUUUCCACUUUGUCCUCAAGGCUGAUGAUGACACCUUUGUACGCCUGGACGUACUCGUGGAAGAGCUGAGGGCCAAGGAGCCACGUCGUCUCUACUGGGGUUUCUUUUCUGGCCGUGGUCGAGUGAAGUCGGGUGGCAAAUGGAAAGAGAGCACCUGGCUCCUAUGUGACUACUACCUGCCUUACGCCCUGGGUGGUGGCUAUGUGCUCUCUGCAGACCUGGUGCAUUACCUGCGACUCAGCCAAGACUAUUUCAACAUGUGGCAGAGUGAAGAUGUGUCUCUGGGUGCUUGGCUGGCUCCUGUUGAUGUGAAGAGGGUGCAUGACCCACGUUUUGACACUGAAUAUAAGUCCCGGGGCUGCAACAAUAAGUAUAUUGUCACUCACAAGCAGAGCAUUGAGGACAUGUUAGAGAAGCAUCAGACUUUGGCCAAAGAAGGGAAGCUCUGCAAGGAGGAGGUUAAGCUCAGGCUAUCCUACAUGUAUGACUGGGGAGUGCCUCCUUCACAGUGUUGCCAAAGGAAAGAUGGCAUCCCCUGA